GGGCGGUGUCGAACGGCUCAACGCUCAACUACGAUUCUACGUAACCAGAACCAGUACUUUUUUGCCGUUCACAAGUGAAGGCUGGUUGAAAGGUUCCUAGCAUCACUUAUUCCUGUGCUAAGACUUUACUGAAAGCAUAAAAGAAGUAAAUAAAGUAGGUAUCUAAAGCCUUCUUGGACUGCUUUUGUCAAUUGUCUGUUUUGAAGUCAAAGAAGCUUGUAAAAUUCAGCAAAGGGUAAAUCAAUAGUGUUUUGUCACAAAGGUUACUUUAUCUCGCUGAUAUUUCAGUUUACUUUGCUUACUUUUUCGUCUGUUUUAACCAUUUUCCGGUAAUUGUCGAACCUCUUAUAAGGAACUGAAGCACAUCAAAUUUGAAUUAAUAGGUACUAUACUUGGUUAUAGAGCUGAUCCGUCAUUAUGCGUGCAUAUAACAAAUCUAGGAUUGUUGGACAACUCUUGUUUGUCGCAUUGGGAAUUGCGUUUAUUUAUUAUUUGUUUACUCCGUCCUUACAUCAAACCAAUGUCGUUAAACCUCAAAUUCCAAAGGUGGACACUGAAUCAAUCGUCGUUUACGACAUGAAUGAAAUUUCUGCGAGUGCAGAUGCUGUGAGAAAGAAGGAAGAAGUCCUUAUAUUGACCCCAAUUGCUCGCUUUUAUCCAGAAUACUGGAAAAAUCUAUUGAAGCUUACGUACCCUCGAAAUUUGAUUACUCUUGGAUUUAUCAUACCUUCCACAAAAGAUGGUACCAAAGUUCAUCGUGAGUUGAGAGCUGCUGUUCAAGCUGUCCAAAAGGGUCCUAAGCAUCAACGCUUUGCCGAUGUUAAAAUCAUGAUUCAAGAUACUGGCUUGUCCUCUGGACAAUCAGAAAAGCAGCGUCACAGUCUUGAAGUACAAAAGGAGCGUCGUUCUAAAAUUGCUGCCUCUAGAAAUACGCUUUUGUUCUCGACUUUAGGACCUAAGACUUCUUGGGUAUUGUGGUUGGAUUCGGAUAUUGUGGAAACUCCGCAAAGGCUGAUUGAGGAUAUGACUUCUUUCGAUAAAGAUGUGCUUGUAGCCAAUUGUUAUAAACGUCAUAACGGCAAUUUAAUUCCCUAUGAUUUUAAUAGCUGGGUAGACUCCGAUCAUGCUCGUAAUCUGGCUAAAGGAAUGGGUAAAGAUGAUAUUUUGUUGGAAGGAUAUGCAGAACUUGCAACAUACCGUUUGUUAAUGGCCCAUACUUACGAUAACGGUGACCCAAGAACGCUGAUGGAGUUGAAUGGUGUAGGCACUACUGCUUUGAUGGUAAAGGCUAAUGUCCAUAGAGAUGGUGCUGUAUUUCCAACUUUUCCGUUUUAUCAUCUGAUUGAAAGUGAAGGAUUUGCAAAGAUGGCAUCACGUUUAGGUUAUAAAGUUUAUGGUUUGCCAAAUUACUUGGUCUUCCAUUAUGAUGAGUAAACGGGCUAAUUUUGUCCUUAUGAAUUCUUAAUGAAUUUAAUUUUUCCUUUGAGUUUCACUACGCUAAAAUGAAGGACACCUGUGAAAACUGCUAUUUACUUAUAUUUCGUCCUCCAUAUAGAGAACGGAUGUACAGGUCGCUUCACUACCGUUCUUUUUACUUUUUUUUUGGUAAACGUUUGUAUUAUAUAUGGAUCUACGCGAUUUAAUUAGAACGUUGUGUGUUUCUGGUAAUAUUAUGGCUUUUGCAUAUGACAAAUCGUUAUGCUGGUGAUUUUGUACCUGAAUUCAUACUAUGAUAUUCUUUCUUUUCCUUUGUGAUUUACUUACGUCUGUAAUUAAUUAAUUACUCUUUUCCUGCUGCUUAGAUUGCAAUCAUCCCCUGGAUACUACUCUGUUUCUAUUAUACAUGAAUGUUUACUUGUUUCAUUCAUAAUUGUGCUUGUUUGUUUACAUGGAAAAAACUUAUGAUUACUACUAGCCUUUCUGUACAUGUCAGUCAUAUUGACUGUUCUUUCAGAAUGGCCUUGUAAGUCUCUUAAUAGAUAAAUAUAUAGAAGUCAAUUUACAUGGAUAUAG